AUGGAUGAACCAGAAGAUGUAAGAUAUUGUGAUGAUGAAGUUGAAAACACAUCGAAUAGCCUUCUCGUAUCAGGUGUCUUGGAACCAGAUGUCUUAUCUGAUGGAAGAUAUCGUUGUAUGUAUUGUGAUAAAAUUUUAAAGAAUAAAAUCACUUACAAUAGUCAUCGAUAUCGUCGUCAUCAUAUUGUUGUAAGGAGUUCUGUGAAAUGUCCCAUAGCAGAUUGUGAUGAAUGCGUUACUACAAUUGUAACACUCUGUGAGCAUAUGCAUGAAGCUCAUCAAUUUCAGUUGAGGCCUGUCGAAAAAGAUUUUGCAUCAGAAGCUGAAUUUCAACUUGGAUUUCAGGAAUGGUAUAAAGAAUUAGCUUAUUCUGAAAACUGCGAAUUUGUCCAACAAACUGCAAGAGACGCUUUCCCCGACAAAUCAACUAAACUUAUUUUGCGCUGUAACAGGAGUGGUAUUGCAAAGCGAAGGCGACGAGGUUAUCUUCGGGCAGGUGCACUAAAAGGUUCUUGUAAGAUUGGUUCCACAUGUCCAGCCUAUCUUCGAAUUAGGACGUAUGCCGAUGAUAAAAUUAAGGCAACUGGUCAAUUGAAUCAUUUCGGACAUGAGAUUGAUCUGCAUAUUUUGCAGCUACCUGAUGAAAUUAGAAAUGAAUUACAACAUUUGUUACUCACUGGGCUGAGAGAAGAGAAAUCUUUGUUGGGCUCUAAAAUAUUUCAAUCGGCGAACGAAGUAGAGAUGGAAUUACUUAGCUCAUCUUUUGAAAAUGGGCAAGCAAGAUCUCUGUUUGGAUGUGCUGAACCAAAUGAAUCAAAAUUAUUUUUUGAAAAAGGAAGGAGAAAGGGAAAUGCAAUGAAGCAGUUGCUAGAUACAGCUGAUGAGCUUCAAAAUUAUCAAAUUUAUUGUCCUGAAUGUGAUAUCUCUUGUUUAUAUUCAUGUUUUGAGCUGUGUGAUCAUAUGGCUCAGUCACACAAAAGGCCAUCAAUAGUGCGAAGAGUACGUUGUAUUAAAGAAAAUUUGUUCAAGGAUUGGCAGAUGAGCAAUGAUAUUCCUUCCCGAAAUAAAAAAGCAACAGAAAAGAUCAAGAAAAUCGAACUUUUUUGCUGUAAUCGUUCCGGCAAAUUAGUUUUAAUUUCUGAUGAUAGUUCAAGCAUACCUGUUGUUUCUGGUCUUUGUACAGCUUUCAUCAGAAAGAUCACGUAUAGUAAUGGGGUCAUUGAUCUCACAUUUUGUUCCUAUCAUUUGGAGCAUGAUGCAGAAAUUGCACUGCCCCAAGAAGUGAAAAAAAGGCUCGAAGAUUUAUUUUAUUGCGGUCUUGAUGAGAAUUUCGCUCUUGCAAUUGUCAGAGAAGAAUUCAAAGCGGAGAAAACAAAUGAUGCUUUAAGUUUAGCAGUUUCAAAAAUUUCUUUGAAUGAUGCACAUAUUAUGCGUGAUCGAGCUUUUCAACGGCGCGCUGUGGAAUCGAUUAGCGUUAAUGAGGAAAAUUUGGAUGAACUCAAAGAACUAGCAGAGCAGGCAUUAUCAGAUCCUACAUAUGCUGUUGUUUAUCUUCGCGGUGAAGCCUUCGGGGAUUUUAAUCGAGGGCUCGCUUUCGGAUUCAUGUCUACGAAUGGCUUAUCUUUUUUGUACAGUUGCGGAAAUAAUUUGCUAUGGAUUGACAAAACACUCAUUCGUGCUGAGCCAGAACCUUUAUUUUUCGUUGGUUUGGCGAUAUCAUUGUCUGAAAAGCGUCACUGUAUGGUAGCAUAUCUUACGCUAAAAUGUAGUGAGGAAGAUAUGAUUAUUUAUAUUGACCAGUUUUUGAAUGAAAUAGUUGCGGCAUAUCAAGAAGUGUAUCAAAGAACAUGGACUCCGAAAUUUAUUGUUACUGAUGACGAUAAUAUUUAUCAAAGAGCUGCACAAGUAUUUGCUAUGAAUUUCGAUUAUUCGGCACUUAUGACCGAUUCGCCACAACGCUUACGUUCUAUAGCUUCAGUGAGAAGAGCAUGUAGAUUAAAGCUUGGUGCUUCUCGUAUUGGUGAUGAUAUAAUUAUGUUCCUGAAUGCAGCGGCACAAGCUCGCACUCGAGAUGUUCUAGAGGAAAAGUUGAAUACUUUGCUGGAAUAUUUAGAAUCUUCAGAUGAUGAACGUGCAAAACCAUUUUAUAAAUAUUUUUCGAAAUAUUGGAUGCCUGUUUAUCAUGAAUGGACGAAGGUCUCUUUCUGCGAUUAUAGAAUCGCACCAAACGCUUUGGUCGCUUGGGCAAGCAUUUCGCUUAGUCGACUUUUUAUCAAUUCAACUUUUGCAAAUUUGGUGAAACGUGCCAAUUUUAUUACUUUACAUAGUGUUGCUGUUGAGGUACAAAAGAUGGCCAUCAAUCUCGAAGAAGAUACUUUAAAUCUAAUAUGUGAGGAAGGUCCAAGUGGAUAUAAACGACGAUUGAUUCAUAAAGAGCAUGUGUUGGCAAGGGAACUAGUUGAUUCCACUUCAAAAAGAACACCAAUUAUAAAACUUAUCGAUUUUGAAAAGCGAAAAUUCAGCGUGAUAUUAAGGGAUCACAAUAAAGGGAAAGAAACAACUGUGCAGUUUAUUUCAUCUGAGUGCCCGGAAGAAAAAAGAACUGGCAAUGUGCGUUGCUGUUAUAGAUCGUGCGGACUUUGUGUACACAUGUUUUCUUGUAUGUGUUGGUCAUAUAAUGAUGAAAUUUUAUGUCGACAUUGUCAUGUUUUAUUGCCGUGGCUUCUUAUUUUACCACCUAUCGCUUCAAACGAAUAUGCGCAAUCUUCUGGUCCAUAUGAAAAACUCAUUUUAACAAAUUCCAAUCAAGAGCUCUUAAGACGUACAAGAAGCGGUCGCACAGCAGCGUUUUCAUCCGAAGUCACUCAUUCGUACAGAAAUAUAUAUAGAGGAGAUAUUCAAGCUGAAUUGAGAGCCGAAAAUAUCGUUGGAAAGAUAACUUCGGUAAAUCAAAGAUUAGAAGCUGCUGAUGCUUUAACAUAUUUACCACAUAGUACUGAAAGGAAGGAAAUAGAAACCUCCGAUUCUUCUAGUUCAUUUUCAAAUCAAUUUGUGGACCAUAAAAAUUCCUUUCAAACUACAAAUUUUACUCAAGGUUCGAUCAGUUCAGAAGAUUCCAUUUCGGAGAAUGGUUCACUAUUCAUGCAGCCGACUGUAAUCCAACAGCACACGAACGAUGAAAUCGGAGGUGAAGACAAACGUGGUACAUAUGUUUACAUAAACUGUCCCUCAUUGAAUCGAAUCGAUUUCGAAACAGCUCGUUUAGAUUUAUCCUUGCAGUUGAACAGUCUGCAAGGACUUGAAUUACCACAUUCAAUGCUAUCACUUCUCACCAAGAAUUUUAUUAAUUGGACGAAAGCAGUGAGACAGAUUUGCAAUGACCAAAAUUCUGGGUGCUUUUCUAGUAAGGAUGAUCAUUUACAGCAAGGAGUUCCAAAUGAAUCUUCAUCUAUGCAAAGACCAACAAAGGAAACAUUUAUUGUUAAUAAACUUCGUAGUUCCGUGCUUCCUCCUACAGGUCAUGAUACGUAUCAACCGCAAAUGAUGGUUGUUCUAUCGCGAAGGAUCGAAGAUGGCACUAAUUUUUUGCGAAAAUAUCGUCCUUCAAGUGCUGUCUCAGAAAGUCUCAAAAAUAUAGAUUCCAGUAAUCCUGUGCAAAAUAUAAGCGAGAAUGGAGAGAAUAGCAAUCGGAUUGCAGAUAAAGUCGAUCAUCAAAGUUUUGACAUUGUUGCAUCACAUAAUGAAUAUAGCUUAGAAUCAGUUAGGGAAAUCGAUCAUGUAGGUGCAUCAAAAGGACAAACAAAACAAAAAGUAACUUCUGAAAAAGGAACAGUCGAACAAUUUUCCAAAGAAAUGGGUAAAGAAAUUGGUCGAGUCAGCAAUGCUUUAGAUAAAUCUACAGCAAAAAUUGGAAUUUUCAUUGGUUCAGAUCACGAAUGUUGCUCAUCUACAUCAAAUGGUGACAUUAAUAAAUUAUCGCAUUUGAAUAAAAUGGAAUGUACUCCUAGCGUGAGCAGAAGGCAACACUAUCGUUCAAGGAAAAGCAUAUCCAGCAUGGAGCAAACAGCAAGGCAUAUGGGAGCAUAUGCCCUAAGGAAAUCGGAUUUGCUACGUCGUAAUAUUCGUUAUAGGAAUGAAAUCGAUCUUGAAUUAGGAUCUCCUGCAAAAAAGUCAAAAAGAUGUGCAACUCAAGAAGAAGAAUACAUCGAUGUCCUUGAGUGUAGUCCAAAAGAUGAAAACACGGAUGAUUUUCUUGUUUAUAAAACUUCUGCAGAAGCCGAUGAAAAUGAGGAGUUUCAAAGAGAUGGCGAUGAAGAUUCUAUUACGGAUGUCGAUGUUUGUAACAGUGUGGAUUCUUUCUUCAUUAAACCUGUAAUGAAGACCGGGUAG